AUGGAUGAUGAGGGGACAUCAUUGUCACUUACACGCGUUCAGGUGAUGAUUGCAGCCGCUGCACGGCAGCUGGUGGCUGGAAGUAAAUGGAUCACUAAAGAGACCUUUGAUGGGCGUUUGGAGCAGAUCAGAGGGGAAUACUGCAAGGAGAUCCGGCAGCUGCAGGGAAGAUUGGAUGAGAUCAGCAACAAGGCUCAGACGAACAUGGCCCCGGUCGUGACCGUGCCGGUUGCUGCCAAGUUGCCGAAGAUGAUUUUCCAGAGAGUUCCCAACCAGGUUCCAUCAGAGGCUGAUCGACUGGGCACUGCUCCAGCCAAUCUGGUUCGCCCGCCAGUUCUGAUCCAGCCGAUGAGCGCCCGAGCGGGUGCCCGACCAGCCACAGAAGGAAGGCCUCGUGGACGUCAAGGACAGUGA